GCAUUUCGCCCAAGUCUCAACCAUUGUUUAACCUCCCUCGGUAGCGGUCGGGUUAUUUUAACCUGAGAUACAUUUGCUCGCGCUACAUCUAUGUUGUUCAUUACUGCGUGGCCGUUGGCGUUCAUUUUGCCCUGGGAAUACUUAGCUAGUUAGUUAGUGCUGAGAGAGCGCUCUCUUUUUUCGGUUAACUCUGAACCAGCUGGUAUUGAUGCUUUCGCGGAGCCUCAUGUUACACCGGUGCAUCGCUGUGGGAUAGCUGUACUUGGCUCGCCGCCACCUCCUCCAUCUCCAAGACCCCCGAGGAGAACCCGUUCGCCAGCGGCCAACAUCCCGAAGCUGCUGCUCCCGUCUUUCCCUGUUCCAAAUCCACCAUGGAGACCGCACAGGUGACUUUCAUCGUCAGAGGCGAAACAUCCCCAGGAGAGGUGAUUGCAAUUGUUGGUGGCUGUGAGGCCCUGGGGAGCUGGCACUAUCAAAAUGCCACGAUUUUACACUAUGAUGGAAACACAUGGACGACCACCGUCUCUGUGCCUAUAGGAGCUGUGUCCAAGUACCGCUACCUCAAAGGAUUCUUCCUGCAGUCAAAGAAUUCAACCAGGGGGACUGACAUAUGGGGAUUGAGUGCAGGGGGUCCCUGUCAAGUGAUAGUCAAUAUGUGGGAGACCCAUCAACAGCCCCGCAUGAUGAGCCCCACAGCGUCACACCAAACUAUUGACGACGGCCAAUUUGGAAUUCACAAUGGGGUGAACUGUGUUGACUCUGGGUGGCUCACAUGCCAGACAGAGAUCCGCCUGCGCCUGCAUCAUUCUAGGAUGCCGCCGGUGUCCAUCACUAAGAAGAAAUACAAGAGGUCUCGGUUCAGAAUCAAGCUGACACUAGAAGGAUUAGAGGAGGAAGAGGAGGAUGAGGACGUGGAGGAUGGAGGUGUGCCCGGUCCCGUGUCCGUGCACAAGGAGACCACCACGCUGGAGAUCAGCAUGAUCAGUGCCAACGGCUACAAGUCCCGCCACUCUCAGCCCGAGUGUGGCUACGCGCUGGAGCCCUCCCAGUGGACCGAGUACAGCAUCCACAGCAUGGACCCGUACAACCUGGAGCUCACCUUUGAGUUCUUUGAGGAGGACAUGAGCGUGCACGUGGUCCAGGGUGACGGUCUCCCGGGUUACGUGGGCACGGCCUGCCUCCUCUCCUCCUCUUUCUCCGAGAGCGGGAGGGACCAAGGAGUUUCCACGCUUCCCAUCAUGGGGCGAAAUUCGAGACAGACCAUCGGGAAAGUCCGAGUGGACUACCUGGUGAUCACGCCAAUCCAAGGGCUGCAAUGUGACAUGAGCUCCUCCUUCACCAAGUACUGGAAGAAAAGAAGUACUCUGAAUGUGGGUCACCGAGGCGCCGGGAGCACGCAUGCAGCCAAGCACCAAAGAGUCAGGGAGAACACCAUCGCCUCAUUCAAAAGGGCCGCCAACCACGGGGCGGCCUACGUCGAGUUUGAUGUUCACCUCUCCAAGGACGCCGUUCCCAUUGUUUACCACGAUCUGACGUGCUGCAUAUCCACAAAGAAGAAAAAUGACAAGAAGUCUCUGGAGCUCAUCGAGGUGCCAGUCAAAGACUUGACGUUUGACCAGCUGCAGCUUCUCAAGCUGGUCCACGCCACUGCCACCAAAGAAAGUGAUGACGACGAUCUGAUGGACGAGGAGGAGGAAAUCGACGAGCAUCAGCCGUUCCCGUCUCUGUCGCAGAUCUUUCAAGCCAUUCCCGAGCACGUGGGCUUCAACAUCGAGCUCAAAUGGAUCUGCCAGAUGAAGGACGGGUCGUGGGACGGCAAACUAUCGUCCUACUUCAACAUGAACGCCUUCCUCGACACCAUCCUGUCCUGCAUUCUGCUAAAAGGAGGAGACAGACGCAUCGUCUUCUCCUGCUUCGAUCCCGAUAUCUGCACCAUGGUGCGUCGAAAGCAGAACAAGUACCCCAUCCUCUUCCUCACUCAGGGGAUUUCAGAGAACUACUCUGAGCUGAUGGACAUCCGCUGCCAGACCACUCAGAUCGCCAUAAGUUUCGCCCAGAGUGAGAAUAUUCUGGGCAUCAGCGGCCACGCCGAGGAGCUGCUGAAGAACCUGUCCUACAUCGGGGACGCCCAGUCCAAAGGCCUGGUGGUGUUCAGCUGGGGAGACGACAACAACGAGCACGAGAUCCGGCGGAAGCUGCGGGAGCAGGGCAUCGACGGGAUCAUCUACGACAGCAUCUGUGAGGAGCAAGGCGAGCAGAACAUCUUCCAGGUGGAGGAGCAGCACACCCUGCAGGAGGUGAUCACCGACGAGACCCGCAAGAGCUCCUCCUGCUCCUGCUACUCCAUCCCCUGCUCCACGAUGCUCUGCGGCGCCGCCAUGGACCGCAACGGCAGCGUGGAGUCCGGCAGCGUGGAGUCCGACUCCGGCCUCAGCUCCUCGUGAGCGGGAGCGACGGUCAUCGGGGCGAAGGUCAUCGGGGCGAGUCCAACGGGAAACAUUUUGACUUGAAGGUCGUCCAAAUACUCGUUGAUUUCUUUACGUCUGCAACACUUGAUCACAAUUAUAAAACCUCUCAAACCAUUUCUGCUCUACUUUUAUCUCUGUCCGACGUGCAUCUUUAUUAUUUACGCUCUCCGUUGAACGACGUGCAUGUUUUGCCAAAACAUUAAGACAGCCGUGUUUUUCUCCCGUGAAGAGGUCUCAUUGUGGCGCGCUCGGCAUCACCGAUGUAUUUAGCCAACGUGUUGCAGCUUUCUGCCGUGCUCAAAAUUCAAUGCGUAUUCUAUUUUCCUGGGUGUAAAAGUGUAACCGCAAGUUGUAUGUUUAAAGUUUGUGACGCUUUUUUCUUUUCCGUGCAUGUAGCCACUACCCUCGGUGUUAUUCUCGACGCCUCAAAUAGCAACCGAUUGCUAUCGGGUUCAGCACGGAAAUAAUUUGGGUGAGGCGGUGUGGGGGGGGUGCAGGGUGCCAUUUUAAAAGAAACGCUCGCCUCAGCCUGCGUGAACCAUUUAUUUCAUUUUUGAGUCCUCUACACGCCGCAUACCGAAUGUGCGAUGUCCUUUUCUUCUUCCUGUCAUGAUUUGAGGAAGAAGGAAAAGCAGCAGAAUGUUUUAUCCGUGACCGCGUGCACGCGGGCCACACCACAGCCUUAAAGGGGGAGGAAAUGAAAUAAAAAAUCGGGUCCGUUUCUGCGCCGACGCCUCGCUCGUCUUCUCUCGGAUUAGACUUGAGAUGCGCAGACGGACUGAACGCGUGGUUUCCUCCUCUCCGACGACUCCUUUUUUAACUUCACAACGCCCGUGCGUUUCACUGCAUGAAAGAUCAUGUUUGUUUUGGGGCGCAGGUUACGCUCGAAAUAAUCGAUCGUCUUGCAUAUUGAUAUGAUGUAAUCGUAUAAUGCAAUGGAAGCGCAGUAUGUCGUAUGAUCGGAGCAAAGAACCAUCCGGGGUGUCGUAAGCUCGUCUAUCUGUUUUCAUCACGCUGAGCUGUAAUGAUUGCGUUGUGCAUGGCCUCUGUAUCUGUAUGAAUCUAGUAUUUAACUGUUGCUUCAGGACAAGUUUUAAAGGGUAAUGUAAAUAAAAUGGAUACCUAUAUUUGUUA